AACUCUCGUUGAAACACAAGCAAAUUAAGUUAUCCCUUUGCCACAAAACGUUGCCGUUUUGGGCCUUUCUUUCUCUCUCUCUCUAUAUGGAUGAUCCUAUUAGCAUGAAGCGGGUCCGAGAUGACUCGGACGAGUUAUUGCUCGAAUCGUCCGAGACGAAGCGACUCAGAGAGGAUCUACUCGAGUUCUUCGACGACGCCGAUCACACGCCCUCCACUCAGGACCUUGACUCCGUCAUGAGGAGCUUGCAGGAGGAGAUUUCCGCAUCUUCCUCCCCCGCAUCCCUUCACGUGACGUCAGAUUCCGGCGAGUCUCGGACGCAGAUCGGGUACCUUCUCGAGGCUUCCGAUGACGAGCUUGGGCUUCCACCGCCAGAAAACUCUUCGGUGCCGGAAGGGAAGAACGUGGAGGCUGAGUUGGUCCGGGUUUCGUCCGAGUCAUCCGGAAUCGGCCAGUUAUGGGAGUUUGAAGAUCAGAUCCCGAGUUAUGACUCGUUUGGGUUGGGAACCGGGUUUGGUUAUGACAGCAAUAUUGAGUACGCUGCGUUUGAUGGGCUUUUCAAUCACUCGGAUGUGUAUUACGACUCUGCCGGUUUUUCUGAGUCGUGGCGGCACGAUACCUUGCCAGAACAAGAGGGAUUAUGAGGUGGGGCGUCUAACGAAAUUUAAUUUCUCGGACAUGUAAAUCUCUUAUUUUGCUUCGCUUUUUUUGUUCCUUUUUCCUUGAAAAAGGGAAUUACAGAAGAAUAUAUGAGUAGGACUUAAUAUAACAUGAAGAAACUAUGAAUUAUGAAAGAUGCCGUUAACUCGUAAGGAAAAUUAUUCUCCGUGGUUAUUUUAAUCGUCAAAUGUUUCUGCCUGAAAACCAUUAUGCAGAUGGCCGUUAAAACAAUGGAAUUAAUAUUUCGUUAUGUUAUAGAAGUUACAUCUCAACCAAA